GACUCGCGUCUCGCGCGUGUCGCUCACGGUGGACAUCCAGAUUGUUUUGAAUACGUGGCCGUUCCAGAAUUGGUAAUGAGCCACGCGUCGUUAAGACCGCUGCAGGUUCGCGUAACGUUGACGAGAAGAUGAUAAUAACGGACGGAGAACUGCACGGAGUAACGGUGAAACGAAAAUGAUUUUGCUCAGAUCGAGCUCGAUCCUGGGCUUUCUGAUCCUCGCGAGCGGGCUUCGGGAGUACGGCAAGAAGGAGCUGAUCGUCCUGCGAGAGGAGGUACGGUCCAUGUUCGACUACGCGUAUUCCGGCUACCUGACCCACGCGUAUCCGUACGACGAGCUGCGCUCGCUGAGCUGCGACGGGUUCGACACGUGGGGCAGCUUCUCCCUGACGCUGAUCGACGCCCUGGACACGCUCGCGGUGAUGGGCAACUUCACCGAGUUCCGUCGCGUCGCCGAGAUCAUCGGCGCGCGGGUCAGCUUCGAGGCGAACAUCAACGUGUCCGUCUUCGAGACGAACAUCCGGGUGGUAGGCGGCCUGUUGAGUGCACAUCUGCUGUCACGCAGGGCCGGCGUCAAGCUGGAACCUGGCUGGCCCUGCAACGGCCCGUUGCUGCGUCUUGCCGAGGAUAUGGCCAAGCGACUGAUCGCGGCGUUCGACACACCAACGGGAAUGCCGUAUGGCACGGUGAAUCUGAAGUACGGUGUGCCGGAGGGCGAAACUAGCAUCACCUGUACUGCCGGUAUCGGCACUUUCCUACUGGAAUUUGGCACUCUGUCCAGACUGACUGGUGAUCCACUGUACGAAGAGGUGGCCAUGAACGCGGUAAAGGCACUGCACUACUACAGAUCCAACAUUGGCCUGGUUGGCAAUCACAUAGAUGUUCUCACUGGCCACUGGACGGCGCAGGACUCCGGCAUAGGCGCCGGAGUGGACUCGUACUUCGAGUACCUGGCGAAGGGCACGCUGCUGUUCCAGGAUCCGUUGUUGGCCUCGAUAUUCCAGGAGCACAGACGCGCUAUAGAGAAAUACAUUCGCCGGGAGGACUGGCACCUGUGGGUCUCCAUGACCAAGGGUCAGGUGACCCUGCCAGUCUUUCAGUCCCUGGACGCGUACUGGCCCGGCGUGUUGAGCCUCUUUGGCGAGAUCGAGGACGCGAUGAAGUCGCUGCACAAUUACCACCGCGUCUGGAAGCAGUUUGGGUUCACUCCCGAGUUCUACAAUAUACCGCAAGCUGAAGCGGGCACCAACAGGGAGAGCUACCCGCUGCGACCCGAGCUCAUCGAAUCUGUCAUGUAUCUUUACAGGGCGACUCGGGAUCCUUACUUAAUCCAGGUGGGCGUGGACAUUCUGAGGAGCCUGCAGCACAGCGCCAAGACGGCGUGUGGCUACGCAACCAUCAACGACGUGCGGGAUCACCGAAAGGCGGACCGGAUGGAGUCUUUCUUCCUCGCGGAGACCACCAAGUACCUGUACCUGCUAUUCGACACCGACAACUUCAUCCACAACACCGGCGGCGAAGGCGAGAUAAUCGACACUCAGUGGGGCCAGUGCGUGGUGGACGCCGGUGGUUACGUCUUCAACACCGAAGCCCACCCAAUCGACCCCGGUGCCUUGUACUGCUGCCGACCGGCGCGUGACAUCUUCCCGGACAAGCGGCCGGCGCUCAAGAGGUUUCUACCGACACAAAAUACACCGGAGGACGCUGCCUCAUCGUCGGAUGACUCCCCUUACGAGAAGAGAAAUGCAGGCGAUGAGGGGCAUCCGGACGCGAUGCUGCCGAUCGCGAUAGCAAAGCUGUCCGAGAUCAGGCGUCGCAUUGCGAGCAAGAGGAAAGACGUUCUUCACCAAAAGAGCACCACGUCGCAGAGCGAGGCUGUCUCAACGGAUCCUCUUGAGGAAAAGGAUACCUCUGAGACCCAGGAAACGGAGAAAUCCAAUCAUAGUGCGGCCGAGAGCGCACGACUGCCCUCCGCGCAAGUCCUCGCGCCCUCGUCGACGAUCUACAAGGCCGACGACAGCGAAACCGCUGACGGCUUCGAGACCCCGAUCUUGUCCUCGGGCAGGCAAUAUUCGGUUCCUGAUGUCGCGGAGCAAAGGGGUAUGCGCAACACGACUCCCAGCUCCGCGAGGAGCACGAGAUUCGAGCCACAGACGCUGCUGGAGAACAUCAGACGCGGCAAUCUGUAUCCGACUAACGUCACAGCGAGGCGGAAUUAUCACAUGUUAUCCUGUCAGGCUCAACCGUUCCUGCAACGAAUAUCGAUUGUAGGAGAAUUUUUCUAAACAACCCGCAAGCAGCCCAAUCAUGUACGCGGAUUGAGGAAGGAAGGGGAAGGAAAGAACGCAGCUCUGCUACAGCGAUUCUCCCAAAGUGUUUUUGAUUCGCGAGCGAAUCCCCUUGUUACGUGAACGAGAUCUCACGUCUCGCUUACGUUGUACUUUAAGAUGUAUUCCUGUGAUAUAAUUGUUGUUACAUAGUUUAUAAUAUUAUAAAUAUAAGAAUAUGAGAUGCAAAUGCGUGUGUGUGUGUGUGUGUGUGUGUGUGAAGCUGUUUGUUACUUCAAUUUAUCCUAUUUUGUCGUUGAAUUAUUGAAAAAUCGUAUCUCAAAGCAGCUGGUUUCUUUGUGGAGAAAUGUUUCAAUCGGAUAAUAUGAAAUUAAGCAAUUAAAAAAAUACAUGUCUAUAUUCU